AUGGAUUGGAGACAAUAUGCCAUGACAUUCUGGAACGACUACCAAUUUGUUGUUAACAUGCAAUUAGCCAUGUAUCAAAUGCUAACAAAUCUCUCAUCGAAUUCGACUCCACCAGCGAUUCCACCGUUACGAUUUCGACCCGUUACCGAAAAUGCAUCGCCCAUCAUCACUCAUCCAAAACCGCUCAAACGGCUCACUCAUAAACGACCGCGACCGGUAAAGACAACUCCAACGGGUAGCGGAACAGCAACAACUAGUAGCAUCAAUAUGCCUACAUCGACGUCUUCACCUGAUGCUUACAAUGUGAAUUAUAACGAUGAAAGUUACGAAGAACUUGAACAUCGACCAGUUACACGCGAAAUUAUGGCUGCUUAUUUAGCUACUCGUCGUCAUCGGACAGUGGCGAUUCACCAUGCGAAAGUAGCACAAAAAUCUUAUGGAAAUGAGAAACGCUUUUUCUGUCCACCGCCUUGUGUUUAUUUGUCUGGGGAGGGUUGGAACGAUGACUUCGAACAAGAUAACAUGUGCACAAUGAUAGGUAUUGGUGAACCACUGUACCACAAUGACAAUGGUUCUCCAUCGGCCAAUAUCACACAAUCGAGUGAAAUGCAACACCUACCAUUUGAGAAUGAAAAACAUUUUGGUGCAGCUAAAACUUUGUUUAUAUCUGAUUCGGAUAAACGUAAACAUAUUAAUUUGAACGUCAAGAUGAUGUAUACGAAUAAUUUUCGUGAAACUCCUUAUAUUGGCAUGUUUGAAAGCCGGAAAAUUAAAGUUAUAUCAAAGCCAUCGAAGAAAAAACAAUCAGUGAAAAAUGCUGAAUCAGUAUGUAUUCAAUCUGGAACGAAAAUUGCUCUGUUUAACCGUCUACGAAGUCAAAACGUUAGUACGAGAUUUUUACAUGUUGACGAGAAGAAUCAAUUUCAUGCAAGUGGACAAGAGUGGGGAUCAUUUUACAUUCACCUUAUCGAGAAUGAAGAACCGUGCAUGGAAUCAACUAGCUUUGCCGUUAAGGAAGGCUUCGUUCAAUACGGUUCAACAGUCAAGUUAGUUUGUUCAGUGACGAAUCAAGCAUUACCUUACUUGGUUAUUCGUAAAGUGGAUAAGAAUCGAGUACUACUCGAUUCGGAUGAACCUGUUUCUCAGUUACACAAAUGUGCCUUCGAAUUCAAAAGUGGACCGUCGUCACCAUCAAAUCUAGUAUAUUUAUGUUUAGCUGGUGAUCGCAUUGUUGGCAUUGCCGGUAAACCAUGUCCGAACGAACGCUUUCGUGUCGAUAUUAAUGAUUCGGCAUGUUGGACAAUCAUAUCAACUGAUAAAGCAGAGUACACAUGGUUUGAAGCCAGAGGUCCUGUGUCGCAUCCAAUUACUCCCGUACCUGUUGCCAGACACAUCGUUGUUGAAGGUGGUGGUGCAGCUGCAACGAUUGAGUUAACUGGAGAGAAUUUCGCGCCAGGUCUAACGGUUUGGUUUGGAGAUACUGAAUCUCCUUGUACAGAGUAUCGGUCAACACAAACAAUUGUUGCUGAAGUUCCUCAAUUUACAUCAGUGAUGCCAAGCAUGCCAUGGGUUCAACGUUCGGUGUCGACACCGAUCUCACUCGUACGUCGUGAUGGAAUUGUGUAUUUAACUCCAUUAGUUUUUACAUAUACACCUGAACCAGCACCACCUCGAAAAAGUUCGGCAUCGCCGGAAACAGAUCAGCCAACUACAUCUGACAACAAUUUCUGUGAAUAG